UGUAUGUGGAACCUGAGGGAACUGCCAUGAUGCUGCUACUCUGGACUCUUUCACUGCUGCUGGGAGCAGUAGCAGGAAGAGAAGUCUGCUUCCCAAGACUCGGCUGCUUCAGUGAUGAUGCCCCAUGGGCAGGAAUUGUGGAAAGGCCACUCAAAAUAUUGCCCUGGGCUCCAAAAGAUGUCAAUACCCGCUUCCUUCUAUAUACUAAUGAGAACCCAAACAACUUUCAAGAAAUUGUUGCAGAUCCAUCAACCAUCAGUGGCUCCAAUUUCAAAACAGAUAGAAAAACCCGCUUUAUUAUUCAUGGAUUCGUAGACAAGGGAGAAGAAAGCUGGCUAGCCAACAUGUGCAAGAAACUAUUUCAGGUAGAAAGCGUGAACUGCAUCUGUGUGGACUGGAAAAGCGGCUCUCGGACUGGAUACACACAGGCUUCACAGAACAUUCGUAUUGUGGGAGCAGAAGUGGCAUAUUUCAUUGACAUUCUUCAGUCAUCUUUUGGAUACUUGCCUUCCAACAUCCACAUCAUUGGCCACAGCCUGGGUUCCCAUGCUGCUGGGGAGGCUGGAAGGAGGACAAAUGGGACCAUCGGACGCAUCACAGGGUUGGAUCCAGCAGAGCCUUGCUUUGAGGGUACACCUGAAGAAGUCCGACUGGACCCUGGUGAUGCCCAAUUUGUGGAUGUAAUUCACACAGAUGCUGCCCCCGUAAUUCCCAAUAUGGGAUUUGGAAUGAGCCAAACUGUGGGUCACCUAGAUUUCUUUCCAAAUGGAGGAGAAAACAUGCCCGGAUGUCAGAAGAACAUUAUCUCUCAGAUUGUUGAUAUAGAAGGGAUCUGGGAAGGAACUCGUGACUUUGUAGCCUGUAAUCACUUAAGAAGCUACAAGUAUUAUGCUGACAGCAUUGUCAAUCCUGAUGGAUUUGCUGGAUUCCCUUGUGCCUCUUACAGUGUUUUCACUGCAAACAAGUGCUUCCCCUGUCCAAGUGGAGGCUGCCCACAGAUGGGUCAUUAUGCUGAUAGAUUUGCUAAGAAAACAAAUGAAGUGGGCCAGAAAUUUUUUCUAAACACUGGUGAUGCUAGUAAUUUUGCCCGUUGGAGGUAUAAAGUAACUGUCACACUGUCAGGAAGAAGAGUUACAGGACAUGUGCUCGUUUCUUUAUUUGGAAAUAAAGGAAACUCUAAGCAGUAUGAAAUUUUCAAGGGUACCCUCAGACCUGAUAGUACUCAUUCCAAUGAGUUUGACUCAAAUGUGGAUGUUGGAGAACUGCAGAAGGUUAAAUUUAUUUGGAACAACAAUGUGAUCAACCCAACUCUACCCAGAGUGGGAGCAUCCAAGAUCACAGUGGAAAGAAAUGAUGGAAAAGUGUUCAACUUCUGUAGCCUAGAAACUGUGAGGGAGGAUGUUCUGCUUACCCUCACUCCAUGUUAGGAGACUGCUGACAUGUAACUACUAAAUUAUCCUGCUAAUAAAAUGUGAUG